AUGGAUCAUUUCGAUUACGAGAACGCAGCAUCUGUUAAACGUCUUAAUUCAUUAGAAGGAAUACAAUUUGAUGGACGAGCAUAUGCACUCUACGAUCCUAAUUUUAAAAUCAAUAAUAUACUUACCAUAAAUUUUCAAAUACAAACAUUUGCUCAUGAUGGUUUAAUUUUAUGGAUUGGUGAUUCUCAACCUGAAUCAAGUUUUACAGUUGAAAUUCAAAAUCGACAGCUUAUUGCUCGAGCUGUUGUUGAUGGUCAACCAUUUAGUGUUCGGACAGAUUUUGUAAAAAAUCGUUUAUGCGAUGGCAUUUGGCAUUGCGUUCAAGUACGUCUUGAUGGUAGUCUGUUGACAAUGAAAGUUGAUAAACGACAAUUUACAAAAACAGAACCACGUGUAAACUCAAUUGAUAUGCGCGGGCCACUUUUCAUUGCUGGCUAUUCAGACAAAUAUUCUCCUCCCUAUUUAUCAGUUCGUUCGAAAACUUUCUUCUUCGGAAAUUUACGAAGUUUAAGAAUCAACGAUCAGCAAGUGGACUGGCUUGCACCACGCAAUAGUGGUUUAGCAGCUGCAACACCAGAAUUUCAUCGAUAUAGUACAACAACAACAGCGCCGGCAACAAGUAACUUUAGACCAUUUAUGACUUCACCAGAAAAUAUUAGGCGUACAUUUAAAACAACAACAUUUAGAGCAUCAUCCGUUUCAAAGAAUAGAAAAUUUCCUUAG